GGAAUGAAACAUGGCGAACGCAUACAGAAGUAAUGUAGUUUAAAGACAGUUGAGAUGUUGACGACAUGAGUUUUAAUAAUAUUUAUGAGCUGAAUCACCGCGAAGUGGAAACCGAACGCUUGAUGACGGACAGAGACAUCAGACUGAUGAUUCAACUUCGUGCUACCAAUGAGGCCAUCUUCACCGGAAGGAAAAACUCUGCAAUGAUAGGCUGGAGGGCGAUAAGGAAGGAGAUGGGGCUUCAGGGGUUGAUGUCUGCACGGCAGCUGAAGAAGAAAUGGGGCAACUUGAAAGACAAAUACAAAGUGCUAAAGAACCCUCCAGAGGGCAUAGAGACCCAGCCCAGCUCGUGGCGCUGGUUCCACCUGAUGGAUAAGGCCAUGACUGGCCGCUUGGCCGGAACCGCCACCAUCGUCCAGCCCUCGCUGCUGGACGAUGACGAGGAGCCGAACGCAGCCCUGCCCCCAGUCGUGCUUCCCAACAUGGUCGGGGCUUGUUCAGGACUGAGUCUCAUUGAAACGGGAACUCUGGAGGGUGUCGGGACUCUGGAGAAGGUCCUGGAGCUGAGUGGAACUGAAUCACCUGUUGAGGUUACUGCAGCCGGAACUGACAUGAUGGAAACUCAAUCUGUGAUGAACAAAAGUGAGCCGGCUGAACUGUACGCCACAUUGCUACCUGACUGCUCCUUUGAGACCAACACGACACCCUCCUCCUCCAGAGACAUCAGUGGGGAGACGGACAGGAAGCUGGUUGAGCUGCAGAAAGAGAGGCAGGCUCUGGAGAGAGAGCAGGCCGAGUUCGACAGAGAGCUGAUAUGUUUAGAGAGAGACAGGGAGCUGCUGAACAGAGACAUGGUCACUCUGGAGCGAGACAGAAUGGCUGUAGAAAGAGACAGAGCUACUGUGGAGAGAGACAGGGCGGCUGUGGAGAGAGACCGAGUGUUUCUAGAUCGAGAUCGAGCGUUUCUUGACAGAGACAGAGCUUUUCUAGAGAGAGACCGAGUGUUUCUGGACAGAGCCAAAGAGGAUUUACAGAGAGAGAGAGCACUGCUGAGGAGAGAGAGGGCGGUCCUGGAGACGGACGGGGUGGCUGUGGACGGAGAGCAGGCUGAGAUGGCCACAGAGAAGGAGGUGGUUCUACAGACGAGGUUCUACCAGAGGCUGGUGGCUGCAGACCUGGAUCGAGACCAGCUGGAGACCAGACAGAGACUGGUUUCUUUGUUCCAGAAGCUUGUUGAGAAACUAAACUUCCACUUAAAGAAACAAUUCACCCUAACCCUAUAAUUCAGCCAUUAUCUCUUCACUCUGAAGCAGCAGGGGACAACCAGUAGAACAUGAAACAGCUGCAUACAGCUCGUCAGUGUAAUCCAAGCCUGAGGUCCAGUUUUAAAUCAAGUCUCCAGCUGCGUCAGUGGUUGAGGAGAAUUCUGCAACGCUGUCUUGAAACUAAGAAACUUCUCCUGCAGACAGAAGGGACGUGGUUUUUCUUCUCUGGUAUCAUUACGGGGGGGAAGCUGCUGAGUUUUACAGCUUGUUGUAUCAGAGAAUGCUCCAAUGGUCGUUUUACUGUGAAGCACCAGAAAUGUUGUGUGGACUGAGACUCCACCUUUCAUCAACAUGGAGGAGGAGAUGAUGAGUUUUACUGUGUGGGUGAACUCAUACUUCAGUGUUUACUGGUGACUUUCCACAACACGUUACUGUCCCUGUCAGGACCAGAUAAAGAUUAAGUGAUAAUAUCUGUACAGAAACACACAGUGUUCCUUUAAACAAGAAACAAUAAAUAAAGACUUCCAUGUAACAAAUGAUAAGAAAACUGCAAACACAACAAAAGUAUUACGGAAGAGUUUUUUAUAUUUUACUGCAGGAAAUGUUAAAUAUUUGUAUUUGUAAGUUUGAAGGAACGGCAAUAAAUCAUUUUCUGGACUGUU